AUGCACAUCUUGUCUUCAGACGAACUUAAUGUCGUCCAUGCUACUGUCAUUGGCUCAGCAAUAGGAAAUCCGACAGCUUUCACGUCAGCAAUCACCGUCAACGUGGAAGACCUAUGGGAUCUCUUUGUCGGCCCCGUCUCAACAGCAACUGUCAAUACCACCGUCUCACCAACCCCAAUUCCCACAAAUGAACUCAUCCCUCCUCCAGGACUGUACUACAGCUCCUUUCCUUCAGGACAACAGAUUCCAAUGGUAUCGAAGAACGAGAGCUGGAAAUUUCCUGCGGGUUUCUGGUGGGGAGUGGCCAGCGCGGCGUAUCAGGCAGAAGGCGCUGUCAAAGCCGAAGGGAGAGGACCGUCGAUUUGGGAUGUUUUACUGCAUCGAGUGACUGGGUACUCGGUUGCAAAUCAGACGGGAGAUAUUGCUGAUAAUCAUUAUUAUCUGUAUAAGCAAGAUAUUGCUCGAAUUGCUGCCCUUGGAGUCAAGACGUACUCGUUCUCCAUCAGCUGGUCAAGAGUCUUCCCUUUCGGCAACGGUCCGGUCAACGAAUUAGCUCUUGCACAUUACGAUGAUGUAAUCGACACUUGCAUUGAGUACGGAGUUGAGCCCAGUGUGACAUUGUUUCAUUGGGAUUUACCUUUAAAUUUACAAAAUCAAUACGGUGGAUGGCUGAGUAGUGACAUCGUCGAUGAUUUUGCAAAUUAUGCGCAAGUAGUCUUCCAACGAUAUGGAAACAAAGUCCCGCGCUGGUUCACAGUUAAUGAACCCAUUGUCUUCUGUGACGAUUAUCCCCUGCCAGAUAACUACUUCACCAACACCUCGAUCCCAAAAUUAGAGCAGCCAUACUGGUGUGGCCACCACGUUCUACUUGCACACGCAAAAGCUUACCACCUCGCUCGAUCGCUUGGCAUCAACGGCACCAUCUCGUUCAAAAACAACGGUGGAUAUAAAAUCCCAUUGACAAACUCUAGCGCGGAUGCUCUCGCUGUGCAGCGGGCCUGGGAUUUUAACGAAGGGUGGUUUGCGAAUCCAGUAUUUAUUAACGGAGAUUAUCCCCAGUAUCUAAAAGAAUACGUUUCCGGUUUCUUACCAGCGUUCACCCAAGAGGAAAUGGAGAUGAUCAACGGCACAGCAGAUAUCUUCGCUCACGAUGCCUACACCUCUCAAUUCUACAUGGCACCCGAUUCCGGAUUCGACGCCUGCGUCUCCAACAGCAGCCACCCGCUCUACCCCUCCUGCACCAACACAACCUACACCUACAGCGCCGCCGACGGCGGCUGGAACAUCGGCCCGGCGGCCGACCCGCUCUCCCCCUGGCUCCACAAAGCCACAGACUGGGUCCCCAUCUUCCUCCACUACAUCCAAGACACGUGGCACCCCCGAGGCGGCGUCGCGGUCACGGAAUUCGGCUUCGCGGAGCCGUUCGAGGUGCAGAAGAUGAUUAAGGCGGAUAUCCUGUUCGAUCCGAUCCGGAGUAGUUAUUAUAGGGACUAUAUGCAGGCGAUUUUGCUGGCGAUUAGUGAGGGGGUGGAUGUGGUGGGGUGUUUGGCGUGGAGUAUUUGGGAUAAUUUGGAGUGGGCGGAUGGGUAUCAGGAUAAGUUUGGGGUUCAGUAUGUCAAUUUCACUACGCAGGAAAGGGCUUAUAAGGCGAGUUUCUUUGAGUAUGUGAAUGCGUUCAAGGUGUAUGGCACAGAUCCUGUGGUUCCUCAUUAUGUGCCUACUUAA